AUGUAUCCUAAUGGAGAACAAUUGCUACAGUACACUAUAUACGCCUACAGAUUAUCCUUUUUUAUAGGCUUUUGCUCUCUUUUCAUAGCCAAAAGUUUUCUCCCAGGAUUUUUGCAAUAUGGUAAAACCUAUCAGUCUAAAAAAAAUUCAAAAUAUCUAGGCAUAUUAGAGCAGAUCAAAAACUUCACAGUUCCAAAGGCAUAUUUUUCCCACUUUUAUUACCUGGCUACUUUCCUAUCCUUAAUUACCUUAUAUUUCCAUCCCAUGUUCCCCAUUGUCUGGAUCAUUUUUGGACACUCAUUGCGCCGGCUCUAUGAAACUCUUUAUGUACUACAUUAUACAAGCAAGUCCAGGAUGAAUUGGUCCCAUUAUUUAGUCGGAAUAUGGUUCUAUUCCGUGCUCUUGUUAAUCCUAAAUAUAUCAUUGUACAAGGACACCAUUCCGAAUACACUAAACCCAAAAGCUUUCAUCAUAUUCUGCAUAGCAUCUUGGGAUCAGUAUAAAAACCAUUGUAUUCUGGCCAAACUGAUUAAAUACUCACUACCAUCAGGAAGGUUAUUCAGUUUGGUGUGCUGUCCUCACUACCUAGACGAAAUAAUUAUCUAUUCCACUCUAUUGCCCUACGAACAAGAAUUUUACUUAACGCUGGUUUGGGUGAUCGCAAGUUUGAGUAUAUCCGCAUUGGAAACACAAAACUAUUACAAACAUAAAUUUAAAGAUAAUCACGUCGCCCACUACGCCAUAAUACCUUUGAUACUUUAG